AUGAAGGUCAGUAUACUGGUUAUACUUAUUGUUAUACCAAUGCUUGCAUCAAUUGGUCUCUAUUGUUAUUCAUUUAUAAGUACACGUUGGAGCCGUAUUGAUGAAAAUUUAAUUCAGCAUUAUAGCUCAAGAAAAGGACCCCAACGUUUACAAACAAAUAUUAAUUCUAAUAAUAAUAUUCAAUUUGAUUUACAAACAAUUCGACAUGCAUUUCGUUCACGUUAUGGUUUAUUUGGCUAUUGUUUAGAUUAUAAAUGGAUUAAUUUACUUACAAUUAAACCACAACCAACAUAUCAAUAUGGUGCACAAACACCUUCAACAUUAUUUUGUGAACGAUGUAAUCAAACAUUACGUAUAUGUACAGAAACAGGUUGUUGUAUGACACGAUGUGAUAAUAUACCUGAUUGUCCAACAUAUAUUGAUGAAAAAGAUUGUACACGUCAAUAUAGUCAAAAACGUUAUUAUUGGCCAAAGGGAAAUUGUAUGUGGCAAUCAACAUGGAUUGGUGAUCAAGCAUUACCACGUUAUUUAUCAACAUAUAGAAAUUCUCCAAAAGAUUUUCAUUAUUAUGUUAAACGUAUUCGAUAUUAUAUUAUGUUUCUUUUAUUUAUUGCUGCACCAAUAUUAACAUUUUUGGCUUUAUUAAUUAUAUUUUGUACAAAUUGUGUUAAACGUUUUUAUUCAAUACCAUUUGCAUUUGUUAGUAUUUUUUCUUUAGCAUCAUUUUUAUGUGGUGCUGGUGCUUUAGGUAUAUUUUUAUAUGAAUGGAUACAAGAACGUUUACAUAGACCUGAUUUUACAUAUGAACUUAAUCAAGCUGAAGCAUUAGUUGUUGCGUUAAAUCCAUGGUUAAUAGAAGUUGAACGUUUAGGUUUAGCUUUUUGGUUAACGGUUGCUGCUAUUGCUACAACUUUAUUUACAACAAUACUUAGUUGUUGUUUCUGUUGUGGAUUACAAUCGGAAAAAUCGAAAUUACGUUUUCGUAUUGAUAAUGAUACAUAUGAAAUUGUUCAUAUGCCUACUUAUGAUGAUUGA